CCUAAAUUAAGAGAUACAAAGUCAUAAUGAGUUAAAAAAUUCUAAGUUCUGAGAUAAAAUGUAAAAAUUUGGAAAAGAUUUGGAAGACUUUCUCAUGACUGACCUUUACACAGUACUUUUACACUACUUGAGCACUUCUUACACCACUAGCAAAGAAAAACAUAAGAAAAAAAAGUAUUCCAUUACACCAUUAUACAAUACAGUAUACAUGUUGGCAGGAAGAUGUCAUAACAUUUUGGUUUAAAACGAUCAUAAGCAGAAUGUGUCAGGUUCAGUAUCCAACAACAUGACCUGCAGCUGAUCAGAUGAAGCAGGAAAUGUUCCACAGAGAUGUAAAAAUAUUCUUACCUAAACUCGACUCUUAUCAUUGAACUGAUAAUAGCAUGAGGAUCCAGGCGAGGUGACAUCUGCUGGACAGCAGCAUGUAACUACACUUGAUUUCAAAAGGACUUUGGGAUCAACCGUGACUAUUAGACAUCAGCAGCAGAUGAUAGUUUACCCCUCUGCUGUUAGCAGCCCGUCUCCGUGUGGAUAAGACCUCUAUCAAAACGUCCUCAUGCAGGCUGAUGACAUGGAACGCUAUGCCUAUUGUGAGAGUUGUCUAACAGCAGCACGAGAGAUUGAGAAAGCCAUGAAGGAAGCCCCAGCUGACAGCAGACAGACAGUAGUCAAGAGCCUCCUCAGUGGUGGUGUGUGUGAGAAAACGCUGUCCUACAAACAUGACCAUGUCUCAAAGGACAAAAUGACAUCUUCUUGCAUGCACUUGUUUGAGUCUAAUCAUGACCAGUUCAACCUCGCUUUGGUAAAUAGAGAACCAAAGCAUCUGGAUAUGGUCCUGUGCUACGAGAAGUCCACAGCAUGUGUGGGGGUGAAGCGCCAGUCUUUUGAGGAUUCCAAGAAAAGCACCUUUACAGAAAGUGACAUUGAAGCUCUCCUUCGGGAGAACAAGGAAAAUGUGCGCAUUGCUCGACCUACACACUCAGGCUCACCUGUGCACUCAGGAGGGGAGUUGUGAAAACAGCAAUGUCAUUUUUGUUUGCUACUGAUUGUGUGGUGGCUUGUUAUCAUGAUACUGUGUGUUUGAGUGUUCGUAUAAUAAACACAUCACUGAAAGAUUU